AUGAAGACACUCCUGCUAGAAUACAUUGUCCUCCAAUCUUCUACUUAUCUUGUCCCUCUUUUCUUCCUGUGCAGAUGUGUCAUAAAGCAUCUGGAGGGUUUGGUAGUGCAGUAUGAUCUGACGGUGAGGGACAGCGAUGGAUCUGUGGUCCAGUUCCUGUACGGUGAAGACGGGCUGGAUAUCCCCAAGACUCAGUUCCUGCAGCCAAGACAGUUCCCCUUCAUAGAGGACAACUAUGAGGUCAUCAAGAGGUCCCAGGGUCUGGAUGAGGUUUUGGCACGUUUGGAUCCUCACACUGCUAAUAAACAUUUUGGGGCCAUCCAGCGCUGGAGAGCAAAGAGGGAGGUGGCAUGUCCACGCAGAGGAGCGUUCUUGCUUUUUUCCCAGAAGAAGUUGGCCAAACUGAAACAAACAGAAGAGCAAAGAACAGAGCCAGAUGUCCACAGCAGAAGGGCUGCUGUACUGCAGCUCGUUCAGCAGUGGCACUCCCUGGAUGAAUCCAGCAGAUCAAAAUACAGCAGGAAGGCCUCCCGUUGCCCUGAGCCCUCUCUGGGCUUGUUAAGGCCUGACGUGUGCUUUGGAUCAGUAUCUGAAAACUUUCACGACAUCACAGACAAGUACCUGCAGGACAGAGGCUCGGUGAAUCACAACAGCCUGGAUGCCCACAGCCUUCGCCAGCUUCUGCACUAUAAGUGGCAGCGCUCGCUGUGUGAUCCAGGUGAAGCAGUAGGUCUGCUGGCAGCGCAGUCCAUAGGCGAGCCCUCCACCCAGAUGACCCUCAACACCUUCCACUUUGCUGGCAGAGGAGAGAUGAACGUCACUUUGGGAAUACCUCGACUGAGAGAGAUCCUGAUGGUGGCCAGCUCCAACAUUAAAACUCCCAUGAUGAGCGUUCCCGUGCUAAACAACAGGAAAGCCUUGAAGAGAGCCAAGAUGCUCCGUAAGAAACUCACCAGAGUCUGUCUGGCUGAGGUGCUGCAAAAGGUUGAUGUUGUAGAGACAUUACGGAUCGAAAAUCACGAAAAGUUGCGGACAUUCAAGGUGACCUUUCACUUCCUGCCUCCUGACCGUUACUGUGACGAUAAGCUGCUAUCACCUGACCAGAUCCUCCACUACAUGGAAACUAGGUUUUUCCGUCUUCUCCUCGAAGGCAUUAAGAAGCGCAGCGCCAAGCUGGCCUCCAUCGCCGUUGAAACGAGGAAGGCCACGCUCAGAGAUAAGGACACCGUUGGUGAUGGAACCGCUGACACAGCAGGGGUAGAUGACGGGGAUGGAGAAGAGGAGCGAGAGAUUGUUGAUGACCAGGGGAACGAAGGAGACGCUGAUGCUUCAGACGCCAAGCGCAAAGACAAACAGGAAGAGGAGGUAUGAAGAUGGAAG